UUGAAAACAAAAAUAGAUCUAGUCUAGUAUCCUUAUCACUGACAUAGGUAAAAAUUUAUUUCUCACAGAGACGACAAGUAAACAAAUUUCAUCUCAACUUCAUUGAACAUGCAUGGGCGUCUGAAGGUAAAAUCAACAGAAGAACAGAUUGAAGCCAAGAAAAAAGAGAGAGAGAAAAAGUUACUGCUCUACAAUGGUGCAAUGUCCAAAAUAUUUCUUAAGAAACAAAAUGGAGAGUUGGAUCAAGAGAUGUUACUGCUUUCUGGAGAAGUCUUAGUUGUGAAUCCUGAUGUUUAUACCUUGUGGAAUUUUAGAAAAGAAACAUUCUUAGAAUUGAGCACAUGCUUACCUGGAGAACAGCUUCAGAGGUUGUACCAGUCAGAGCUUUAUUUCUUAGAAGCAUGUCUGAAAAAAAAUCCAAAAUCUUAUGGAUCAUGGCAUCAUCGUUGUUUUGUAAUGGAUCACAUGCCAGACCCAGACUGGAAGCGAGAAUUGGAAUUGUGCAACCAGUUCUUGCAGUUGGAUGAAAGAAACUUUCACUGCUGGGAUUAUAGAAGAUUUGUGGUCCAUAGUGCAAAGAUCCCUCCUGAGGAGGAGUUUGAGUUUUCUCUUCGUCUUAUCAACAACAACUUUUCCAAUUAUUCCUCAUGGCAUUAUAGAAGUAAACUCUUACCAAUUCUGUUUCCUGAUGCCACUCAACCAAUGGGAGUUAGUGAGGAUGCCCUUUUAAAAGAAUAUGAACUUGUACAAAAUGGAUUUUUUACUGACCCUGAUGACCAAAGUAAUUGGUUCUACCAUCGCUGGCUUAUGGGAAGAGGAAAUCAAACCCUAAAUAUCAACUGUUUCUAUGUGUCAAGAGAAGACAAUUGUGUACUUGUUUCAUUCACUAAACAUAUACAGAUAGGAAAGAAGACAGAUUUAAUACUAGAAUGUAAUGAACAGACAAUGCCUGGCACAGUCUGGCUGAACCCAAAUAAAACUUCUCAGUCUUCUUGCUUGUGGAUAUCCUUUUAUAAUGUUUUUGUUUGGUGUAAUGCACAAAUUGUAAGACAAAUUUCCAUACGGAUAAUAAAGAUUAUUAUUAUUAUUAUUAUUAUUAUGUUUAUUUGUUCAAAGAGAUUUUGUAAUGACCUUAACUGGCAAUACAGAGCAGAUAAUUUGACGUUUCCUAAAGACUGUGAUUUGAAAGUGACUUUAGUCCAGGGCAGUUUAGAGCUUUGUUCUUCAUCUUUACAUCUUGGAGAAAAUGAUUCUAGUCUUAGUGGUUCUAGUGUCAUCUCUAUGGAUAAAUCUAUAUUUAGCCAAGAGAUGAGUCCAUUAAAAAAAGACACUCUAUUACAAGCAAUGGAGUCUGUCUUACAGCUAAUGGAAAUGGAAUCUGAUAAUAAAUGGACUGUACUGACAGUUGUGUUGUUAAUGAAAGCUUUGGACCCUGACAGCUACUUUGAUCAGAUCAUGUGCUAUCUGGAUAAACUUGAAGAUCUUGACGGCAAGAGAAUCCAUUACUACAAAGACCUAAGGAGUAAAUUCAUUAUAGAAAAUAUUUUUGCUGGCACGGAGCUCACCAAUGCAAGUGCUAUAACUCUGAGUGGCAGGAGCUUAACAAAAAUGUACCAUACAGAAUUACUCCCUCUUGUCACUUCCCUUGAUCUGUGUGACAAUUUGUUGAGGGAUGUCCAUGAAUUCAACCUUCUACAGAAUGUGAAGGUCCUAAACUUAGCCAACAACAAGCUUGAGAACUGUGAAGGCUUACAGCACCUGCCGAAACUGGAGCGACUUCUUCUUAAUGGCAACAAUCUAACCAAGUCAAGCGACCUCCUUCAACUAACCACUUGUGCCAAACUUAAUUUUUUAGACAUAUCCAACAAUCCAUUGAGUUGUCAAGAGGAAGAAAUUCAAACUAUUACUGCACUUCUGCCUAAUGUUAGCAUUUGUUUCAAACAACAAUAAAUUAAUGAUGAGUCUUGCUGACGUUUUUUUUUUAAUAAAGACAAUAAAUUAAAUGUAACUUUGAUAUCAUCUUUAACAUUAUGUAAAAUUGAAUUUCACAAUUCUAGAAAGUCUGAGAGAAUGAUUUAAGUGCAAAUUUGAUUUCUACAUAUGACUGGUUUUGAUUGUCUAAUGCUCAAAUACAAUGUUGUCUGUAUCAAUUGGAUUUAGAAUAAAGUAUCCAGAAGUAUAAAAUAA